AUGUCGGCCACGGGGGAUGAAGACCCGGCCCUGGGAGGCCCAGAGGGCCCCGCGGGCGCAGUUGGGGCCCAGGCCGAGGCGGCCGGAGCCGGCGACCGGGGGCACCGCGACUCGGAGCCUCGCGGGGGCGACGCGGCGCCAGAGGCCGGGGCAGCUGGAGUCGCGGGGGCCUCGGGAGGCUCUGAGGAGGCGGCCCUGGAAGGCGGGGGCGCCGAGGAGGGCUCGGACAUCGGGCCGGCAGAGGAGGAGGAGGAGGAGGCAGGGGGCCUGGACCUCGUCGUAGAAGUGCACCAGUUCUCCAUGACGGGCUUCCACUUCGUGCUCCUGGGGCUGGUGUACUCACUGCUGCGCCGCAUCCUGUACAACAACCACGUCCUCGUCCCGCUCCCGCCGAGAUCGCACCACGGCUUGGCCUGGCUCCCCCAAGUCCCGGCGCCCGACGGGCAGGGGCAGGGGCCCGCGGCCCAGGAACCUGAGGAGGCGGAGGAGGCUGCGGCGCCGGAGCCUGAGGAGGCGGAGGAAGCCAUCGCCCCUGAGGGAACAACUAAAUAUCGGGAUGAGAACGCCAAUGAAGAGGCCCAAGGUGCUGAAAGUGAGGGGGAAAGAGAGAAGUUUAACAAAAAACAAGAACCUGAAAAGGAUCUGGACCCAGCAGGACAGACCCAGAAAGCCCAGUUGGGAGGAAUGGAAAGAAAAUGA